AUGCCGGGCAUGGUUAAUGCAGACAGCACAGCAAGCAGUACGACAACUAUCUCUGUGAUGCAGGAACUCAUGGUCGAAAAUAUGACUCUGAUGGAAGCCAGCGUUAUCACGGUCGGACCAUCACUCACAACUCUGGAACUCGACUGUAAAUCACAAUAUAGCUCGAAUUGCAGUUCUUCCGGUAUGGUCUGGCCUCAAACAGUUAUUGUCGGCGAAUCGGUCCAGGCGAUGAAUUACGAUGUUACCAGUUACUAUGGUGGUACACUUUGGAUUGUAUCGGGAAACGCGUCCUGCACGGUCACGAAUAUCUCGAUGGGUGCUUUGUGCGAUUUAUCGACACUGUCAUGGUACUCUAGUGGUACAGUCUCUAAUUCAUCAUCGGUCGAUGGGCAACAAGUUACACUCGCGGCUACCUUGACGUAUGCUACGGUCGAUGUAGUUUCGGGACUGGAUAAACUUGCGGUAGCAACCACUUCGUCUGGUGCUUCACCUGCAAGCAUGGUCACAACAACAUCUGCGCCGAAUACGGGUACUCUUGCGCCUUCAAACACAGCCGACUCUUCUUCUUCCUUGUCAUCGUCGUUGUCAUCGUCCUCAUCAUCCUCUUCCUCCUCCAAGGCUUGGAUUGCAGGUCCUGUUGUCGGUGCUGUAGCUGGAAUAGCCUUGGUCGCAGGAUUGAUAUUCUGGUGCAUCCGUCGAAAAUGUCAGGGCGAUGAUACUGUCCCAGGUGCAGAGAGUGGGACUCCACCAGAACUUCAAGGAAACUAUGAAGCCCCAGAAUUGCAAGGAAAUUACAGACCUUCUGAGCUGAGUGGAAAUUACGAGCCACCCGAAUUACCUCCUGAUCAUUCCGCCAGGGUGGAGCUGGCUGCCGCACAAUUGGACUUCGAUAAAAAGCGCGAGAUGGAACAAAGGGCAGUUUCCGAACUGCCAUAA